CUAUCAUAUCCCUCUCCACUAUAUCUCCUAUAUAGAACCAGUGGUUCGGGUUCGACUCUCUCCUCCGAGUUUGCACCCGGAGACCCCGGACAGGUCUCCGUCUCCGACUCCGGUGUCGACCAGGAAUAACAACAGGCUGACGACCAAAUUGGCCGUUUUCGACAACAAGAAGGUGUCGAAAAUGGAGGCUCGAGCUAGUCGCGAGGCACAAAGGAGUAGAUGUUUGACCUAUGUGAGAGAGUCUGUCCAACGAGUAUCAACUAAGUCCCAGCUACACAAAUCUAAUGUGGAAAUACUUCUCUCAGAUCGGGAGUUCUGUACAAAUUUAUUUUAUCUGUUUGAUGACUGGAGUCAAGGGUUUCUAGUCCAGGAUAGAUGGAUUUCUCAUCUCAAGAACACUUGCUCCACCAGUGACGGAGAGGAUGAGUCCCGGAAGGACCAGGAGAAAAUGGAUCUAGUUGAACUCCUGGAAGCUGUAACCUAUCUUGUCUGCCAGGAUAACCCUGUCUCCCCUGAAACCUUCCACAAGAUCUGGUCUAGUCGAGGUGUAGUAACUAAACUGAUGAGAUGUAUAGACAAGGAUAUGGACGAUAUAAUUACUGUCGAGGACUUCAUGUCGUUCUUUAUAGUCAUCACAAACCCUCUGGUGCGUGGAGUUCUUAACGAAGAGAAUAUACAAUGGUUGGAACAGGUUUUCCGAGAGAAUGUUGGUAAAGGAAAAGAAGAAUUCACUCUGGAUGAGUUCAAAAAAAUUGUGCCAUCGAAAAAUGAGUUUUUUGUUGAACGGGCAUUCCGAAUUUUCGACAAGGACGGAAGCGGAACCGUCUCUCUGGCCGAGUUUAUAGAGACGAUGCAUCAGUUCUCCGGACAAGGGGAGGACGAGAAGAUUUCAUUCCUCUUCAAGGUCUACGAUCUAAACGAUGACGGGUUGAUAGAUGAGAGUGAUCUGCGGGAAGUAAUGAAGGCCUGCAUGCUGGAGAAUGGGAUGGAGUUCGACGAGAAGGAGGUCUCCGACCUAGCCAAUGCACUCUUUGAAGACGCAGUCAAGGAGGGAUGUGACGGUAUAACUGUUGACGAUUUAAAGAAUCAGCUGCAGAGACAUGAGGGGCUACUGGAGAAUCUGACGAUUAGUAUAGGAAAGUGGUUGGUACCUCCGAAACCCUGUGCCAGAAAAUCUUUGUGUCAGAAAUUUAUCGAGAUGAUCCCGCACCCGUUCCACGCCAGCUACUGGAGAAACAACCGUCCAUUCCUCUUCUUCCUCUUCAUCCUUGCAGCAGUUAACAUCAUCCUCUUCAUUCACAGAGCUUACUAUUUUAAAGAUUUCUCAAUGCUCAACGGGUUUACUCCCAAUCCAUUCUACCUUCUCUCCAGGGCCUGUGGACGAUGUUUGAAUUUUAACUCUGUGAUGAUCCUAGUCCUAGUUCUCCGGUAUACCAUCACCAUACUACGGAACAUGGGUCUCUCUCCUAUCAUCCCCCUGGAUCAUAAUAUCUACUUUCAUAAGUUGGUCGGAGUCAUCAUAUUCUUUCAAGCCUGGAUUCAUACCAUCAUGCAUCUGAUCAACUUCGGGGUGAAUAUUCAACCUGAUCCUGUUAAAUUCGUCCAGCUCACUGCUCCGUACUGGACUGAUUAUGCUGCUAACUGGACAAUGCUUGGAUACGUCCCUCCUCCGGGUUGCGAUAUAGUAGCACGGGAUUCAAAUCUUACCCAGUACUGUUCUCCUGAUGCGUUUACAAUACCAGAGGGAAUGAGUUUGAACCUAACCAUCUCCCAUUGCGAAGCUUGUAUACCGGAGGCUGGUGGAGCAAGAUGGAGCUACAUGUACUGGCUACUAACUACCAUGCCCGGAGUAUUUGGAAUGCCAAACGGAAUUGCGAACCCGACCGGAGUUGCUCUGAUCAUCAUACUAACCAUCAUGUUCACUUGCUCCCUAUCCUACGUGAGACGCAGUGGAUACUUCCAGGUGUUCUAUGUCACCCACAUGCUCUACUUCCUCUACUGGGCUCUACUCUUGAUGCAUGCUCCUGAUUUCUGGAAGUGGUUUAUAGGACCAGCUUGUAUUUUCGUCGUUGAGAUCACUUACAGGAUUCUUACAAGCUUCCUGGGUCGUGGAAAAACAGUUGUUAGCGCUGGUGUUAUUCUACCUUCAAGGGUCACACAUUUGAUUAUAAAGCGUCCUGCUGGCUUUAAUUUCAGUCCCGGAGACUGGGUCUUUAUUAAGAUCCCUGAAGUAGCAAGGUUUGAAUGGCAUCCAUUCACUAUUAGCUCCGCUCCCGAGGUUCAUGACACUUUCCACGUGCAUAUCCGUGGAUGCGGGGAAUGGACGAAUCGUCUUUACAAACAUUUCGAGGAUGAGUAUGCAAGGCAGCAAGCGGGUAUGCUCCAACGAGAGAACAAGAUUGAGAGAUUCAGAGGGACUGUCAGACAGAAAUAUGACAAUGCAAGGACUAUCAUGUCUAAAUCCAUUCGGAAGAAAUCAACUGAAGAUACCGAUUUCGUCAGUCUGGCCGAAAAGUACACAGUCGAUAUAGACCGACAGAAGGAGAGAAUAAACCGACGCGAGGAAAAGCUCCGACAGCUCUCCAAUACUCUCUCCGAGGAAGAAAACAACAAUUCUGAAGAAAUGCCGCAAGGUUUCAACAAGAAAUUUCUCAAAAGCUUGCGAUAUCUUCGUCAGGAACCGACGGUAAUCAAGUACGAUACUGGAUCUGCCGCUGAGCUCCAGGUUCCCCCUGGAUUAACCUAUGAUGAUGGGAACGAAAGAUUCGAACUGAUGGUCAGUGACUCCGGAGAAUUAAGGAACAGAAAGAUCAGUCACUAUGACGGACCGGGGAAACGAGCAAAACUCAACAAACCGCUGGAGAUUUAUAUUGACGGACCGUUCGGGUCUCCCUCCAGCAAUAUAUACAGAGCAGAGCAUGCUGUACUUAUUGGAACCGGGAUUGGAAUUACACCAUUCGCCUCAAUUCUUCAGUCCAUCAUGCAUAGGUACUGGCAGGUUAAAAAGAAGUGUCCUAAGUGUGAGUACCAGUGGUCUGAUGAUAUAUCAUCAACUAUGUUUAACCUACAGAAGGUUGAUUUCUUCUGGAUUAACCGGGAUCAGAAGAGCUUUGAAUGGUUCGUAAAACUUCUCUCCCAGUUGGAGAUAGAGCAGGCCGAGCAGGGUGGAGCUAUGAGCAGAUUUCUGGAUAUGCACAUGUACGUGACAUCUGCCUUGCAAAGAACAGAUAUGAAGGCUGUAGGACUUCAGUUAGCUUUAGAUCUACUUCAUGAAAAGGAAAAGCGUGACCUGGUGACCGGCCUGAAAUCCCGAACUAACGCUGGUCGACCCAACUGGAACAAGGUGUUCACCAAGAUAAAGGAGCAGAGGAAGGGGAAGGUCACCGUCUUCUUCUGCGGAAAUCCCUCCUUGUCAAGGAAUCUAAAGCAGAAGUGCGACGAGUUCGGAUUCACCUUUAAGAAAGAGGUUUUUUAAGUUUGGACGUUCAGUCAGUCAUCUUGUUUUUUGAUCAAGAAACUCUAAAUUAAUGUAUUUUGUAAUUAGAAAAACGCAGUUGAUGUUUUUUUAACAUUGGUGCGAAAAAGCAUUAGCAAAUGAUGAUGUAGUUUAAUUUAUGUCUUGGUUUAAUAUUAUCGUAAUAUUAUAGAUUUGUUUGUUUUAUGCUACAAUAACGAGCCAUGGGAUCUUUCGAUAUUAUACGGUCGAUAUCUCGUAUACGUAUGAUCGUAUACGUAUGAUCGUAGUCCUUCGUGAUAAAGAUUGACUGUGUAAGAUCGAAGAAAACUGGUUAUACAUUUAUUUUUACAUUUUUUAUUAUACAUGAUUUUGACAGGUUACACUCUAUACUAGGGUGAAAUUGUUCUAAAAAGGAGCAGAUGUGCAUCAUUCCGUUCAAACCAUUCGAUCCGGGGUCUAGCUCGAAAUAUCUUUUAGCAUAAAAUGUUUAUCAACUGGCUUAAUUUUUCCUUUUAUCGACUCAAAUCCUCAUUUGAAUAAUACCUCGAUUGUUUCCACAGUUCGAAUCCAUGUAUGCUAAACAGUGUUUAGACUUAGGCCCCAUUCUUUCCAUUAUCCCUGUACUUAGUGUACAGUACAGUACAGUACGUUAGUCCCUGUUCACUUUACGUGCCAGUACAUGUAGUUUUUUAUUCAUUCUUGUACAACACAUCAGAUCAAUUUACAUUGCAAGUUUAAUGAAUAUCAACUGCAGGAUUAAGUAUGUACAAGUACAGAGAAAAAUCAUACAAUUCAAAGCAAAUACAGAAACAUUAAAAAAGGUAAAUUUUACAAAUACAAAAACCGGAUAUUCACCAAUUUGCACAUUAUGUACAUAUUAUAAUGUAAGAUGUAUAAAAUGAAGAAUUAAUGUAUUAUAAAUAUUUAUUAAUUAUUUAUUCUUUUAUUGCUAA